AUCAACUCCCCGACAUGCUCGUGUGAACAUCGAAAUUGCUGCAGACUAUUAACAAUCACAUUUGUCCAGAUCAGUUCGGUCUCAACAAGGGAUUCGCACCCAAAUAGGCCGUCGCCACAAAGCAGCCAUGGCAGCAGACACAAAGUACCGCGAGUACAACAUCCUCGUCCUCCCGGGCGACCACGUCGGCCCAGAGAUCGUGACCGAGGCCCUCAAGGUGCUCGACGUGAUCGAGUCGUGCCGCCCGGGGCUCAAGUUCCACCGCGACAUCGACCUCGCAGGCGGCUGCUCGAUCGACACCCACGGCACCCCAAUCACCGAGGCCGUGCUCGACAAGGCCGCGUCCGCCGACGCCGUGCUCUUCGGCUCCGUUGGCGGACCCGAGUGGGCUAAAGCCCAUCCAAACCCAGAAUCCGGGCUGCUGCGCCUGCGCGCCAAGCUCGACGCCUUUGCCAACCUGCGGCCCUGCGAGGUGUUUGUCCCGUCCCUCGUCGAUGCGAGCCCCAUCCGGCCCGAGCUCGUGCUGGGCACCAAGUUCGUCGUGGUGCGGGAGAACUGCGGCGGCGCGUACUUUGGGGAGAAGGUCGAGACGGAGGACCUCGCGUCCGACCUGUGGGUGUACAAGGCCUCGGAAGUCGAGCGGCUGGCCCGGGUCAGCGCGGCGAUCGCGCGGAUUAUGGGCCGCGACGGGGACGGCAAGGGCGGCGGCGGCCCCGCGGUGGUCUGGAGCGCCGACAAGAUGAACGUGCUCGCCAGCGGGCGGCUGUGGCGGCGCGUUACGCACGCCGUGUUCGAGAAAGAGUUCCCGGACAUUGAGCUGAGGGACCAGCUGGCGGACAGCCUGGCCAUGUUGAUGGUCAAGAACCCGCGCCAGUUCAACGGCGUGAUCCACACGGACAACACGUUUGGCGACAUCAUCUCGGAUAUCUCGGGAGGGCUCACGGGCACUCUGGGCAUCCUGCCGAGCGCGAGCAUCUCGGGGGUCCCUGGCGAGGGCCGGUGUAACGGCAUCUACGAGCCCGUGCACGGCAGCGCGCCGGAUAUCUCGGGCAAGGGUAUCGCGAAUCCUGUGGGCCAGAUCUUGAGUCUGGCCAUGAUGCUGCGGUACUCGUUCCUGCUGACGGAGGAGGCGGCGGCGGUCGAGGCGGCAGUCACAAAAGUGCUCGACGCGAAGAGUGCGGGCGGGCUGGAGAUCCGGACGGGCGACAUGGGCGGGAGUGCAAAGACGGUCGAGGUUGGCGCUGCCAUCUGUGAGGUACUGCGGGAGAUGCUUUCUAAGUAACUAGGGAGCAUGAAUGUACACCACCAGUAGCCUAGCUGGUAGUGCGUACUUUCCUCAUAGGGCAAGAACAUGGAUGAUUUCGACGAAGACGCAUGACCACUUUGUUCUAGUUAGUUCUCUCAUCUUGCACGCCAAACCACGAUCCUCUGUACAAAACGGACAGUUCGGUGAGGAUCGUACUACUCGACGUGGAAAUCCUGCUGUCGCUCUGUAGCAAGGGCCAGUACAGUAACA